AUGGGACUGGCAUCCACCGUCCGACGCUGGGCGCCUUCCACCUGGAACCCCUCUGAGGCCUCUUCAUCAUCAUCGCCCGCCACCUCGACCGUCUCUUCUGCCGGUUCCACCACCCACGACCGAGACGCAGGCCACCACCGCCACCACCGCCUCACCACCUCCAAGAAAGACGACCGCGACUCGAGCUCUCGACAGCCCGAGUUCUACCGCGCACGCAAGUACCGCCCGCCGCCGACAUCGUUCCACUCGUCCAUCCAGGCCAUCCAGGAGGAGUUCGGCUCGCCCCGCACCAGCAAGGAGGUCAAGCAGGCCUACCUCGACUCGCUCAACCCUUCGGACAACGAGGACUUUUCGUCGCCAGCCACAUCCGCCCCGCCCUCGCCCCGCAACCCGCUCAAGACGAUGGCGCCAUCGCACUCCCACGGCACUGCCGCCGAGCAGGGCGCCGCGCUUCGGGAGGCCGCCGAGAGGGAGACGGGCAUCGCCGCGCCCCAGAGAAAGGGUUCGGCUCGCGUCCGAAGGAGCAUGCACUCAUCGCCACGGACCUCGGUGCUGGCAUCGCCUCACGAAUCGCCCAGGGCGUCCCAUCGCAAGCUUCACUACGACGAUGACGACAACGAGGAGCAGCACCACGGGAACGGCAGCCGCCAUCACGGCCACGGCUCGCCACGCUAUUCCCAUGCCCACGACGGCUCCGACACCAGGGCCUCCUCGCGCCGUCAGAGCAGGCGCGUCUCUCGCGACGUCGACGCGGUGCCCGAGCCCGGCAGCGCUGCCGCCCAGGGUGCAGCGGUUCGGCGCGGAGAGAAGCCGACGGGCCCGAGCAAGGAGCGGAUGCUCAUCGCCCAGCAGCGCGCCCUCCGCGACGACCGCAGUUCAAACAGGGACCAGCCCGACAUCGGCCGCGGCUCGGCGCCCAAGCCGCCCGUCUACCCCAUGACGGGCAUCGACAACCUCGCCCUGCUCAUGGAGGACGACGGAUAUACGACCUCGUGCUUCUCGAUCUACAUGUUCAAGAGCGAGCUCGACCUGGACACGGUCGACAACUUCUUCGAGGUCCUGGCCAAGACCUAUCCCAAGUACCGCUACGUCGUCGACCUCGACCCCAAGGAGUCCAAGCGGAUCGAAAGGCAGCAGGCCAAGGCGACCUACUCGGAAAAGUCGACCAAGGAGGAGCGCAAGUUUGACCCGGGCCGCCGCACGCGCUACGGCAAGGGCCUCAAGGCCGGCACCCUCUUCCGCUCGGCGCGCUGGAGGUUCGUGCCAGACUUUGACAUCAAGGACAACAUCUCGCAGGCCGAUGCGGCCGCGCCAGGCGACGACGCGGCGCUCAACAAGCUCGCGGGCCAGUUCCUGGGCAGGCACUACGACUACAGCAAGCCGAUCUGGGAGGCGCUCGUCGUCAACGGGCUGCACACGGCCGACGGCGGCCGCAGCGCCCUGAUGAUCAAGAUCCACCACUGCUUCUCCGACGGCCAGGGCAUGAUCCAGAGCUACCACGCCGCGCUGGGCGCCCUCGAGCAGGGCAUCGGCAUCCGCGACAUCCAGCGCAAGGUCGACUCGAACCAGGGCGUCAAGAAGCCCGGCCAGCGCGAGGCUAAGCCAUCGGUCUGGGGCACGACCAAGCACGUCGCCCACACGGCGCGCGGCCUCUACUUCCGCAAGCGCAAGGCGUUCACGUAUGAGGAGAAGCGCAAGGAGCGCCCGGUCAACCGCCUCUACUGCCACAGCGAGGGCAUCGGCAUGGACGACAUCAAGCUGAUUCGCAAGGCCUUUUCGACGGAAAAGGUCAACCUGACGCUCAACGACGUGGCGUGCGCCAUCCUGGCGCGCGCGCUGCGCAUCGCCGCCGAGCGGACUGCCAAGAACGGCGUCGUCAAGGACAAGCGCGUGGCCGUGUUUGUGCCCAUCUCGGUGCGCGAGCGGGGCGACUGGUCGCUCAGCAAUCGCACCACGGGCACCGUCGCCUGGUUCCGCUUUGAAAAGGAGCAGGAGGGCGACAUCGAGCAGCAGCUGCUCCAGGUCAACCGCGAGAUGAACCGCAUCAAGGGCUCGUACCUGCCCAAGAUGUGGUUCAAGGUGUUUGACCUCUACUGCAAGCGGCGCAUCACCUACAUGCCAAACUACCCGGGCUUCCGCCAGUUCUUCUACCGCGCCUUUGGCGAGUACCACGUCGCCACCAACGUGCCCGGACCCGCCAAGCCCGUCAAGUUUGGCCAGCACGAGGCCUACAGCUACCACGUGCUGCCGCCCAGCAGCCCCGGCAAGGCCACCAUGGCCGUCGGCAUGAUCUCGUACGCCAACGACUUUUCCCUCGCCGUCUCGUGCGACGACGUGCCCGAGUUCGACCGCCUGCCCGAGGAAAUCUGCCGCGCCUUCCAGGACUCGGCGCGCGACGUCAUCCAGGCCGCCCGCACCAAGAUGGGCAAGGAGAAGUAG